AUGUUGUCCAGGGAAGGUCUUAUUCCAGAUGAUUAUGUUCUGACCCGGCUGGUAGAGAACGUUUUACAGCCCAAAUACCAAGCGAAACAAAGGAAAUCGCGCUUCGUAGCCAAGAAUGGCGCAUGUAACGUGGCGCACACGAACAUCCGCGAACAGGGGAGAUUCCUCCAGGACGUUUUCACCACCGUGGUAGAUCUGAAAUGGCUCUACACGCUGUUCAUCUUUACCAUGUCGUUCUUUUGCAGCUGGCUAUUGUUCGGGAUGGUCUGGUGGCUGGUUGCCUUUGCGCAUGGAGAUCUGGACGCGCAAAGUGAGGACUUUAUCCCGUGCGUAACACAGAUCCACUCGUUUUCCUCAGCAUUUCUGUUCUCCAUAGAGGUUCAGGUAACAAUCGGCUUCGGAGCACGCAUGAUCACGGAGGAAUGCGUUGGCGCAAUAGUGGUUCUGAUAAUACAGAACAUCGUAGGUCUGGUGAUCAAUGCGGUCAUGCUGGGAUGCAUCUUUAUGAAGACUGCGCAGGCGCGGCGGCGCGCCGAGACUCUGAUCUUCAGCAAGCAUGCAGUGAUCACGCUCAGGAAUGGAAAGCUGUGUUUCAUGGUGCGCAUCGGAGAUCUGCGCAAAAGCAUGAUCAUCAGCGCUACAGUGCGCAUGCAGCUGGUCCGCCGCAGCACCACGGAUGAGGGGGAGAUCCUGCCCUUGGAGCAGAUCGACAUCCUAACGGAUAACCCGGUCGCUGGAAGCAGCAUCUUUCUCGUCUCACCCCUGAUCAUCAGUCACGUGAUCGACAAAAGCAGUCCCAUGUAUGAACUCUCACCAGAGGAUCUCCUGCGGGAGAACAUUGAGGUGAUCGUGGUGCUCGAAGGUGUGGUCGAGACCACCGGGAUCACCACCCAGGCUCGGACAUCCUAUGUCUCCGAUGAGAUCCUGUGGGGCGAGCGCUUCGUGCCAACCGUGUCCGAGGAUGAUGGCAUCUACGCCGUGGAUUACUCCAAGUUCGGCAACACUGCCAGAGUUCCCACUCCGACCUGCAGUGCCCGCAAACUGGAAGAAGAAGGAAAUGUGAACCGCUUUAUUAAAGCAAGGGACUUAAACAAAACCACAAGAAGGCGGCUGAAGCGCCAAGCGACCACCCCAGAUUUGUAAAGGAGGGUACACUGGAAAGAUAUUUUAUAGAUAAAUAUAAUAUAUACAAUCGUUUGGAGACUUUUGCAGAGUUGCAGUGUAGUAGAUACACUUACCUAUUUCUUAUUAGGCACA